CUACCUCCUCUCCUCAAUACUCUGCUCUCAUCUCUCAACCUUAUUCAGGUUUUGUUUUUAAUGACAGAUCAACCUCAAAAUCCUAAGCCACGAAAAGUUCAGAAGCAAGUAAAUUCAUAUUUUCUGAAAAAUGAUGUUGUUAUGGGUGAUAUUCCAAGUUCGGUUGUGGAACAACCUUCUUGUUCUAUACGAGUUAAUGAGUCUCGUGAAAUUGAUGUUAAUCACAUUGAACGUGAUCCGGGAAAACGCCAUACAAUCUCGUCAUAUCCUAUUAAUGAGCGUGAUGAAGUUCAAAGAAAAUAUAUACUUUAUGGUCCUUAUCAACUAAAAUUUGAAGAGUAUCCAACGCAUCUUUGUGGAGAUCAAGAUCGCAGAUUUAAUGAGAAGUGGUUUGAAAAAUAUCCUUGGCUUGAGUACUCUGAUGAGAAUGAUAAGGCAUUUUGUUUUCCAUGCUUUCUUUUUUAUAGCAAUCCUUUGAGGCAUUCUUUGUUCACUUCUUAUGGGUUUGACAAUUGGAGAAGGAUCGGUGGGGUUCAAUGUUGCUUUAAAAAGCAUGUAGGGAAGACCGGCUCCCCACAUCACAAGUUUAUGCAAGAUAUGUUGGGCUUAAAACAUGUGUGUAGACAUAUUGAUAGUCAUGAAUCCACAACCGCCAGAAUUGAUACAGCAAAAUCGGUUGCGGCUCAAGGCUACUAUAGAGGCUGUAAGAUUGUUAGCAAAGCAUGCACUUGCAUUUAGAGGUGAUGAUGAAUC